AUGCAAGCUCAAGAUUGCUCUGCAAAUGUGGUCACUUUUACUACCAUCAUGUGUGCACUAGCAAAGGCUGGAAAAUUUGAGGAAGCUUUGCAAGUUGUUGAGAGAAUGAGGUCGAAUGGAUGUAGGCCUGAUACACUUUUCUACAAUUCAUUCAUUUAUACAUUAGGUAGAGCAGGCAGAAUAGAUAAUGCUACCUAUGUUUUCAAAGUGGAGAUGCCUAAGGCUGGUGUUGCCCCAAAUGCAUCCACCUAUAAUUCAGUGAUUUCUAUGUAUUGUCAUUAUGCACAAGAAAACAGAGCUUUUGACAUACUGAAGGAGAUGGAAGAUUCAGGCCUCUGUAAGCCUCAUGUUCAGACUUACCACCCAUUGAUCAAGUCAUGCUUUAAAACUAGAAAAAUAGAUACUUGGUUGAAUGAUAUAUUAAAUGGAAUGGUUAAUAAACAUCAUAUUGGUCUUGAUGUUUCAACCUAUACUUUGCUAAUUCACGGGCUUUGUAGAGCAGAUAGAUGCAAGUGGGUUUACUCUCUGUUUGAGGAGAUGAUUGAUCAAGAUAUUGUGCCUAGAUACAGAACUUGUCGUUUGCUAUUGGAAGAAAUCAAACAGAAAAAUAUGUAUCAAGCUGCUGAGAAAAUUAAAGAUCUUAUGAAGAAACUGGACAGUGUUGUUAAAAUAUAG